AUGCUGGACGGCCUGAAGAUGGAGGAGAACUUCCAAAGCGCGAUCGAGACCUCGGCCUCCUUCUCCUCGCUGCUGGGCAGAGCGGUAAGCCCCAAGUCCGUCUGCGAGGGCUGUCAGCGGGUCAUCUCGGACAGGUUUCUGCUGCGGCUCAACGAUAGCUUCUGGCACGAGCAGUGCGUUCAGUGCGCCUCCUGCAAAGAGCCCCUGGAGACCACCUGCUUCUACCGGGAUAAGAAGCUCUACUGCAAGUAUGACUACGAGAAGCUGUUUGCUGUCAAAUGUGGGGGCUGCUUUGAGGCCAUCGCACCCAAUGAGUUUGUAAUGCGAGCCCAGAAGAGCGUCUACCAUCUGAGCUGCUUCUGCUGCUGUGUCUGUGAGCGACAGCUUCAGAAAGGCGAUGAGUUUGUCUUGAAGGAAGGGCAGCUGCUCUGCAAAGGGGACUAUGAGAAGGAGAGGGAGCUGCUCAGCCUGGUGAGCCCAGCAGCCUCAGACUCAGGCAAAAGUGAUGAUGAAGAAAGCCUCUGCAAGUCAGCCCACGGGACAGGGAAAGGAGCUGCUGAGGAUGGCAAGGACCACAAGCGCCCCAAACGACCCCGAACCAUCUUGACAACCCAACAGAGGAGAGCAUUCAAGGCCUCAUUUGAAGUGUCCUCCAAGCCCUGCAGGAAGGUGAGGGAGACUUUGGCUGCAGAAACAGGGCUGAGCGUCCGUGUUGUCCAGGUGUGGUUCCAGAACCAGAGAGCCAAGAUGAAGAAGCUGGCCAGGCGGCAGCAGCAGCAGCAGCAAGACCAGCAGAACAGCCAGAGGCUGAGUUCUGCUCAGACAAAUGGUGGUGGGAAUGCUGGCAUGGAAGGGAUCAUGAACCCCUACACGGCAUUGCCCACCCCGCAGCAACUCCUGGCCAUCGAGCAGAGUGUCUACAGCUCCGAUCCUUUCCGACAGGGCCUCACCCCACCCCAGAUGCCUGGAGACCACAUGCACCCCUAUGGUGCUGAGCCCCUUUUCCAUGACCUGGAUAGCGAUGACACCUCUCUCAGUAACCUGGGUGACUGUUUUCUAGCAACCUCAGAAGCCGGGCCCCUGCAGUCCAGAGUGGGAAACCCCAUUGACCACCUGUACUCCAUGCAAAAUUCUUACUUCACCUCUUGA